AGUCGACUUGUGUACUUCACAUUGAAACCACUGGCGACACAAGCGCAUCCACUCGGAGUUUGGACCAUUACCUCAAUACCAGUUUUGAAGGGUAAUGCCACCAGAUAUGUCGCUCUCAAUGAGGCACACGAAGAUCAAGGCGGAGGAGGCGGCUCUGCUGGCUGGCGAGAUCUCCAAGCCGUCCUGGGAGUCCAGGAACGAGGGUAUUCACGAGAGAGUCAGCUUCGAAGACGCCAUAUGGGGCUUUGACCUGGCCGGUGGUGCUUAUUACAAGACUCCACUGCGAGUAACUCAUGUGAAACCCGACAGCAGAGCACAGAAAGCCGGGAUCAGACCUGGGGACAAGCUGAUACGUAUCAACGAUAUCGACACGUCAACUCUCACCAUACAGGAGGCGCAUAAGAUAAUUAUCGAGUCUGGUAUACACCUCAAGCUGGCGGUGACUGCGCCUGAAGAUGAAGAGGACAGCUAUUAUUGUUACCAGGACCCUCUAGAGGACGGAUAUGACAGCGAAGAGGAACGACGGCUUGAGGAGGAGAAGGCUCUCAAGAGACAGGUUCACGCAAAAGUUAGUUCUUACUGGAGUUUACAAUGGCCGUGGGUCAGUAAAAGGAGAGUUAUUUAUCGAGAAUCGAACUGUUUUAUGGUGCCCAGUAAAUACGAGGAUAAACAUAAAGAAAAAUUCCCAGAACAACCCGCCUUAAGAAUGGACAACAGUGUUGUGUUUGACACAGCUAAACCUAGAAAAGAGAAGAAACGCGUAGACAUAGAAGAAGUGGUUGAAGAAAACGGAGUAAAAGAACACAAACCAAUUAAAAAUCAACGAUCAGUUCCCAAUCUUGAUGUUAAUAAUAAUAAACAAAAUAUGACGAACGGUGUUAAUAAUGUUAAAAGUAAUGGUCAUUUAGGAGGAAUAUCAGAAGAAGAAGAGGUAGGCGAAGAAGACAAAAAUAAUAGAAUUAAUUCAAAAGAUGAUGAAUUGUCGUUAGACGAAUCUCUUAACGGUGACGCCGAGGAGGUUUCAUUGAAUAAUGACAAUACUUCCUCAAAUGAUGACAAAGUUAUUAAUGAUCUAUUAAACGGAACGGAACAUGAUGCAAACGAUGAAGAUAAAAUUUUAGACAACAUCUUGAGUGAUAAUGAGGAACAUAAUGAAGCUGAUACGGUCGAGAGAUAAAAAACUCAAAUUAAUUCAGUUAUCAAAAAUGUGAUAAUUAUUUGUUGUGAUAGAGAUUCUAUGUAAAAUUAGAUUAUAUAUUAGAUAAAUAGGUAAAGAAAUAUAGGUUUAUUAAAUAAUGUAAUUAAUAAAACGUCAUGUUUAUAUUUAGUUUUAUAUUCAUUGAUGUAAAUAAUAAUGUAAUUAUAGAUAAAAUGUGAUUAAAUAAUUUAAAAUGUAAUUAAAAUAUGUAGAUGUCAUAUUUACACAUUACAAUUUUAGAUAUUUUCGUCAUAGACUCUUUAAUACUGUAACAUUCUAUUUAAUACUAUCGAACGAAUUAAAAAUAAAUGGAAUUAUUUUUUACACA